ACCAACGAAAAUUCUUAAAAACAAAGUCGAGCAGCAAAACCGAUUUGGAGUAUAUCAGGAAUGGAAGGAAAGAUGAAGAUAGGACCGGUAGGGAAGCAUGAUGCUAGAAGCACAACAAUUGUAAAUUGGGACGAAGGAAGUCACAGUGGCAUCCUCUCUCAGAUAUUUCUAUCUCACGGUGUCUCAGGAAUUAUGUCUAUCCAAUUCCAGUACGUGAUCGACGAAAAACUCGUUUUAUCCGACCGUCACGGUCCAUUUUCCGGUAACAUGUUUGACGUCAUAGAGCUGAACUAUCCGCACGAGUACAUAACUGGGAUAAGCGGAGAGUAUUACAAGUACGAAGCUAGCAAUCCUCACAUAAGGUCUCUCACAUUCACUACCAACACUAGUGUGUAUGGUCCUUUUGGCACCUCGGGUUCGGGCUACGAAAAAUUUGCGUUUAAACUCGGGAAAUCUCCUCAGUUCGGCGGUUUCCAUGGGACUUACGAUGCCUCGGGACUACAGUACAUCGGUGUUUAUCUCAGGCCUAAAACAGUUCAGCCUAAAAUCGAUACGAGCAAAGCAGAGGAAAUGGAGUCCAAAAUUGUCUUGGGUUGAACGUGUUUGUAUAGUACUAUAUAUACUCAAAUGCUUCUAUGAAUAAACUGGCUUUUAUCUAUUCUUACUUUAGAUAUCAACGAUCA